UCAUAUAGCCAAACAAUGCAGUUCAUUCUUCCCAUUAUGGAAAGACAUCAAAUUGAGGGGAAGAGCAUACAAACAAUGGACUGCAACUCCAGCUGCACCUCAGCUCCACAAACCAUCCAGUUCUGCUACAAUUCAGUAAAUAACUCAUGUUAUAAAGAAAGCCGUCCUGCCUAUUUUCGGCCCUUAUUAUAUACCAUUACAUGGACAGUAAUCUUGCUGACUAUCAUUGGAAACCUCCUGGUCAUCAUUUCUAUUUCACAUUUCAAGCAGCUUCACACACCAACAAACUACCUGAUCCUUUCUUUGGCUAUAACAGACUUAUUAAUGGGUGGUUUUAUAAUGCCACAAAAAAUGUCCCAAAUUAUUGAUACCUGCUGGUAUUAUGGAGAUUUUUUUUGUAAAUUUUAUCUUGGUACUGUUAUCAUGCUCUGCACAGCAUCAAUUAUUCAUCUUUCUGUUAUAUCUCUUGACCGUUAUUACGCAGUAUGUCAUCCCCUGAGUUACAAAGUUGUAGUUACUGUGUCAGUGACAGUUUAUUUUAUUUUAAUUAGCUGGAUUUUGUCAGCUUUAACAGGAUAUACAAUUAUAUUUUUAGAAUUAAACAUGAAAGGCAUAGAAUACAUAUACCGCAAUAGGUGCAUAGGCAGUUGCAUUCUAGUGCAAAAUGAAGCUUCUGGACUGGUUUCCUCUUUGCUAUCUUUUUACAUUCCUGGAUUCAUUAUGAUAUGUAUUUAUCUUAAAAUUUUUACAGUAGCAAAAAGACAAGCUAAGUCUAUCCAGGAUAUAUCUCAGCACCUCCAAACAAAUGAACAAAAGAAGGAUGCAGCUUUUCAAAAGAAAGAAACAAAAGCAGCCAAGACACUUGCCAUAGUUCUUGGGGUUUUUCUGCUUUGUUGGCUUCCAUUCUUUUUGUGCAACAUCAUUAAUCCAAUUUUAAAUCAUCCUGCUCCACCAGCUCUGACAAAUGUUCUUGCAUGGAUUGGUUAUAUGAACUCUACGUUUAAUCCACUCGUUUAUGGGUUUUUUUAUACCUGGUUUAGAAAAUGUUUGAAAAUAAUUGUAUCGGGGAAAAUCUUCAAAGCUGAUUCCUCCAGGACAAAACUGUUUGUUGACUAAAUAAAAUAAAGCAAAUACUAUUUUGAAAUGUAAUAUGGAGUAAAAAAUGUUAAAUUCAGUAAUUUAUGCCUUUUUUCCUAUUUACAUUUAGUAAUACAGAAUUUAGUAAA